AUUUACUUCUGAAUAAAAACGGGACGUUUGAGUUUGAUGACGAAACAAAUGUAACAAAAAGCUGAAAGCGUCUGUCGAACGGAGAUGAUUCAACGUGGAAAAAUGAAUUCUUUGUUGUCAUAUUUCGUGUUUUUGACAGUUUCUUGUUUAUCGAUAGAAACAAGAGCAGAACAAGCUCAAGUGACAGAUGUUGUUUAUUUUGAUAUAAGCAUUGGCGAUGAGCCUGCUGGUAGAAUUGAGAUUGGUUUAUUUGGAGAGAUUGUCCCAAAAACUGUUAAAAACUUUGUUCAACUUUCUACAUAUGAGAAUGGUUAUGGAUACAAAGGGAGCAAAUUUCACAGAGUGAUAGACAAGUUUAUGAUUCAAGGUGGUGACUUCACCAAUGGAGAUGGCACUGGGGGUAAAAGUAUCUAUGGGGACAGAUUUGAUGAUGAAAAUUUAGUUGAUUUAAAACACUAUGGCCCAGGAUGGGUCAGUAUGGCUAAUGCAGGUGAAAACACUAAUGGCUCCCAGUUCUUUAUCACAACAAUAGCAACCCCCUGGUUAGAUGGCCACCAUGUCGUGUUUGGCAAGGUUUUGUCUGGCAUGGACGUGGUGAGGAAAAUUGAAGCUGUCGAAAAAGAUGUGUACGAUCACCCAACAACUGAAGUUAUUAUCAAGGACGCAGGCAUUGUAGCUGACAAGAAAGCAUUUAAGACCGAUCUAGUGGGGGUAGAAUAGUCACUGACAGCCAUGGUUGUAAAUUGAUAUGAAGCUAUGCAACAUUGAUGGAAAAACGAAAAAAAAUAAAUCUUAGAUAUUUUGAGUAAUGAGUGCAUUUGUUUUAUUUUUUUGUCUGUAGGAUCUAUGUUCUUAAAUAUAUUUUUUCAAUGUCAAAGGUGAAACAAUUAAUUUCAUUUCAAAACAAAAUGUUGUAGUGAAGUUUAGAAUGAAUUGAAUAGAAUGCAAUGGGAAAAAAAUUGUAGUGAAAAGAAAUUAGAAAUAAAAGACAAAAGGAAUUAGAAAAAAACAUAUAGAAUUAACAUGUUACCUAUAUAGACAUACAUUUUAGAAUGUUCUUUUUUUUUAAUUUUUGAAAAGUUACCACCAUAUCGACACACUAAAUAUGCAAAUUGUGUUUCAGAUCUUUCCUUAUAUAAGUCAUUUUCACAAAACAUAGUUUAUUAUAAAUAUUGAUAUGUUCAUGUACAUUCUAAAGAUGUAUUGGCUGCUAGUGUAAAAACACUUACUGCGAAUUCACUUAUAUUCGUUGGCAUGAAAUUUCGUGGUUUUAUCAAAACCCGCAUUUUCGUGGGUUCUUAAAUUUGCGGAUUUUCAAUUUUUUGUAAAAAAAAUAAAAUAAAUAACCUAAUGCAAAGUAAUCUUACAUUAAUCGCUGUGCAUUUUACUUACUGUAUAUACAUAUCUUUACGUGUCUCACAGCAAUUGUGAAUAAAUUUAAUCAUUACCUCUGGGCAUUCAUUACAUAAAAUCGUUGGAAAAGCGCCAAUGCAUGUUUGUAAUAUAUAGAAUAGAGACAUGGCAAGAAGUAUUUGUUGGGAUAAAAUUUCGUCGGAUCUUAAAUUCGUAGAUUGACCAACACACGAAAACCACGAAAAAUUUGUGCCCCACGAAUGAUAAUGAUUUUACAGUAUUUAGAUUAAUUAUUUCUUUGAUGCCCUUUUUAUGUUUUUACUGUCAAGAUCUGAUUAAUUACUUAUUUCUGAAAACAGUUUCCUCGCUGACUCGGGGGAUUAUGUUGGGACUUAUACAACGGGACAAGCAACAUUACUGGAGAUAAACAGCAAUUUAUCUUUUCGUCCAGUGUGUCGCCAUUAUUUCCUGUUGAUUGUCUUUUUUGUCCAUAGUAAACUUGGUAUGCAAGAGAAAUAUAAGUCUACUGGCUUAAGAUUUUAACAGCCAUUUUGUAUUUAAAAUGUCUUAAUAUGAUGUUAUGAAAAUCUAUCAAUCUAACCAUUUUAUAAUAAAACCAUUUAAACACUUUGCUUAUCAACCAAUAUACUUUAAAUUGAAUGCCAGCAUAAGACUGUUUUAUUGAGUCGUUGCAGUUGCUUGUUCCUUUAUAUUGUGCCCCAGGAUUAUGACAUAAUCAAUAUAAAACAUGAUUUUAAUGAAUAAUGUAAGCAGUAGAUAAGGUUGUUGUCUUCAAACCACUUGCCUCUCACCGAUGAAGGUUUGAGCCUGGCAAGUGGCCUCGGAGUCUUUCAUGUGAGAAAGCUAUCCAGCUAGCUUACAAAACAUCAGUGGUUCUACUUGGGUGUCCGUUUUUGCCUGAAAUAAUGCACAGAGAGGCAGUUGAGGUCUUCCUCCACCAAUAAAGCUGGAAAGCCGGCCUUUAGUCUAUACUGUUUUGGUGCAACGUAAAACCCAGUCAAAAGAUAAAAAGAUAGUAGUAGAAGAAAGGAUUAUACCUAUUUGUUAUCAUGUAUAUAUUUUGCAUAUCAUAUUACAUGUAUCAGACAUCUAUGCAAUUAGUAAAACCAAUUUAUACAAUUCCAUGCCUAUUAUAUUUCAGGUACUUUGUAAAAUGUUCAUAUCAAACCUAUAUUUUGUAUCAAAUUAUUUUUGUCUUGCAUGGCUAGAAUCGGUCAUGCCACAUUUUUUUUCACAAAAUUUUGAAUAUUAUGAUUGUGAUUAAACCUUUUUAUAUGUUGAAUGAUAAAUGGAAUUGCUGUGCAAAAAGUUAAGUGGUGGAUUAUUGGUUUAGAGGUCUGUCUGUCAACCCAGGGUUUGUAGGCUUGAGUCUUGCUUGCGUCAUAACCAUGUUUCUGCAUGUGACACCGGAACUGGUCAGUUCCAGAAAGGACUCUCAAGAAAGGUUCCAAUAAACUUAAUACAGGCUUUUUACACAAUUAACUGUAAUAUAUAAUAGAUAAAUCAUAUUUAAACUAAAAGUGCCAAACAUUUAUACUGCUGAUAUUUAAAAUAAAAUAUUUUAUAUUUUUUUUAGUAUUUUAUACACCUUAUACUUUCAAUUUUGUAACCUCCUUAAUGCAUGUUGUGAACUAUCUUUGCAUGGUGACUUGUUUAUAUUGAGGCAAAAAUGUCAAUGUUUCCAAUGUUAGACAAGGCUUGUUCUUAAAUGCUGUAGAUAACAUGAUCUUUUUUCAUUACAGGGAAAUAAUUCUGGAAUACCAGAUUUUAAUAAACUUUUUUGAGUUACUUUCCUUUAGAUGCAUUUUAUAUAAUUAUGAUACUGUUGCACUGUUGUAUAUCUUUUAUAUGGUGGAAAGUUUUUGUUGUCGUUGUGAACAUUCUAAUUCUCUUAUCAGUUGAUUUAAUAAUGACAUAUAUGUUCAUAAUAGCAGGCAUAUCAUGUCACAAUGUCCGUCCAUGUACAGCAGACAAUCGUUAUGCUCAACAUUAUAUAUGAAUUUUGUUAUCAUUCAAAACAAAACAAACUUGAUCGUUUAAGUUAAUUGACACAGGCUAAUGUUUGGUUUAAUUAAGACAGCACUGUUUCUGGUUUUUGAUUGAGAGAAUACAGUGUUUGAUUCAAUUAAGACAACACUGUGUUUGAUUUAAUUAAAACAACACAGUGUCUGGUUUAAUUGAGACAACACAGUGUUUGAUUCAUAUGAGUCACCACAGUUUUUGAUUCAAUUGAGACAUCACAGUGUUUGAUUCAAUUAAGACAACACAGUGUUUGAUUCAAUUAAGACAUCACAGUGUUUGAUUUAAUUGAGAUAACACAGUGUUUGAUUCAAUUGAGACAUCACGUUUGAUUUAAUUGAGAUAACACAGUGUUUGAUUCAAUUGAGACAUCACAGUGUUUGAUUCAAUUAAGACAACACAGUGUUUGAUUCAAUUAAGACAACACAGUGUUUGGUUCAAUUAAGACAACACAGUGUCUGAUUUAAUUGCCAACACAGUGUCAGAUUUAAUUGAGACAACACAAUGUUUGAUUUAAUUGACAACACAGUGUCUGAUUUAAGUGAGACAACACAGUGUCUGAUUUAAUUGAGACAACACAGUGUUUGAUUUAAUUAAGACAUCACAGUGUUUUAUUCAAUUGAGACAACACAGUGUCUGAUUUAAUUGAGACAACACAGUGUUUGAUUUAAUUGAGACAUCACAGUGUUUGAUUCAAUUGAGACAACACAGUGUCAGAUUUAAUUGAGACAACACAGUGUUUGGUUCAAUUAAAACAGCACAGUGUCUGAUUCAAUUAUGAUAAUACAGUUUUUGAUUUAAUUGAGACAUCACAGUGUUUGAUUCAAUUGUGACAUCACAGUGUUUGAUUUAAUUGAGACAACACAGUGUUUGAUUCAAUUAACACAACACAGUUUUUAAAUCAAUGGUCGGUUAAUUUGAGAGUUUGUGACAAUACAAUGUUAGAUUCAAUUAAGGCAACACAAUGUUUGAUUCAAUUUAGACAACACUGUUUUUAGUCUAUGUUUGGAAAUACCAUUUAAUUUAAUAGCUCUUUUGUCCAAUACUUUGUCUACUACUUGAGUUUAUUUGUAAUAUUCUCGAUUCCUGUUCUCUAAGUUUGGGUGUAACCUAAACAACUAAUCAGUUUAGGAAGAAAGAAAUGGUAGCAUGUGAAAAUAGUAUUAUCCUGCUGUUUUAAGAUUGAAGCUCUGUAAAGAAAAAAUAAUAUUCAUCAUGUUUUUUAUGGGAUAAGUACUCUAAGUACAUUUUAGUAAACAACGAAUAAUAAUUUUCAGGAAUGGAUAAAAAUUUGUUUUGGUACAUGAACUUACAUGCAAUAAUAUCUACUGCAAUAGCAUGCAACGUUUGUUCAUAUAUUUUCUAGUCAAUUUUGUUUUCAUGUAACAACAGCUUUACUAUAUUGUUUUGUAGCAAAUAAAUAUUUUCUGCA